AUGGAAAUCGCCCUUCCCAUUUUAGUUGCGGCGGACCCGCCAAUCAUGAAGCUUCCUUUGGCCAGAGCUCAUGAGAUCUUUGAGAAGCUUAAGGCAGAGGAACAGGGAACUUUCCAGUCCUUCAGCGCAUGGUUCGACGGUCGGGCUAUUAUGUACACCACUGCCAAGCUCCCUUUAGGUCCUUCGGAUUCCAAAGAGUUCGCUGUCCCUAUGGGAGCUCCUGGAGGCAAGAAACCGAAGAUCUUCAAAGUCACGAUUACGAAGACCAAUUUCGUCCAAGGAAGAUAUGCCCAUGACGAAACCAUUCAGAUGGGCGAAAUGGCCAUCAAUACUGCUUUACGCACCGUGGUUGCUCAAAAGUACACAUGCAACCGGAGAUCAUUCUUCACUGCUGAGGGUAGAAAGGCCAUUGGCGGGGGCUUGGAAGUCCGCCGUGGAUUUUUCCACUCUUACCGACCUUCCAUCAACGGGUAUCUCGUCAAUUUCGACGUAGCCACCACAGUCUUCUACGAGCCUGGGCCGCUCAUAUCGGCAUGCCUCAAGUUCUUUGGGCCCAACGACCUGGCAUUGCUCGAUCCCAAGAAGAGGUUCAAGGCGAGGGAGAAAAAAAUGCUGGAGAAGUUUUUCUACCACGUCAAGUUGAUCCCGACGCGUGGAAGCUUAUAUGCGAGAGGAAAGGAAGGGAAGGUUUUCACCUUUCGCAAGUUCUCCGCCAAAAGCGCCUCCGAAGAAACGUUCGAUAGGGAGAAGGAUGGAGUCAAGAAGAAGGUUUCCGUAGCAACCUACUUCAAGGAGCUCGGAAUCCCUCUGAAAUAUCCUGGUCUCGUCUGUGCUCAGGUUUCUGACACUGCUUUGGUUCCUAUCGAGCUACUGGACGUCGCUCACGGACAAUUCGCUCGAAUGGAAAUCACUCCAGACCAGACGAAAGCCGUCGUGGAGUUUUCGACGAUGCGCCCCCAGCAGCGAUUCGAGGAGAUUCAGAAGGGUUUUGAAGUUGUCGCCUAUGGACAAAGCGAAUACCUCCGUGGUUUAGGCAUCACGGUGGACAGCAACCCAAUCGAGGUGGAUGCUCGUGUUUUACAACCGCCUGCUGUCAAGUACGGAUUCAACAAGAAUGCGAACGUCGCCAAUGGGAAAUGGAAUUCACUCCAGAACAAGUUUGUCCAGCCAGCGCAGAUUACUGGAUUCGUAGUAGCAAUAUUCGAAUCCCAGCAGAGGUUCCCAGACAACAGCGUCAUAGAUAUGGCUGCCGGUUUUGUGAAAGCAGCCAGAGACUUCGGCGUCGUGGUCAGCAACCCGUCACCUGUUUACCAUUAUAUGAACCGCCCCAGGUCUGAAGCGGAUUUGGUGAACUCGCUCAAGGCGCUGGGGAAAGCCUAUGUCGAGAGGAGUGAGAAGGGAGGGAAGAAGGAGGGACCUACUCUAAUAUUCGCAGUCCUCCCUCCCAAUUCGGGCGAUAUCUACACCGGAGUCAAGCGCUUUGGGGACGUCACGAUGGGAAUCGCUACUCAGUGCUUGCUCUCGAAUAAAUGCAAGAAAGGAAACCAUCAAUAUUGGGCUAACGUUACUCUGAAAGUGAACGUCAAACUUGGCGGGAUCAAUUUCUACCCUGAGCUCCGGGGAGACAUUUUGGACCCCGCGAAACCCACCAUCAUUAUGGGUGCCGAUGCGAUCCACCCUCCACCAGGAGUGCGCGAUAAGCCUUCCGUCACCGCACUCGUGUCAAGCAUCGACUCCAAAUUGGCCCGAUACGUCGCCACGAGUCGCGUCCAGAAGGGUAGCGACAGUGGUAAAGGUGGCAGGGAGAUUAUCCUCGACAUGGAGGACAUGUGCGUUGAACUCUUCGAGAAAUGGAAAGAUUAUCAAAGUCGUAUGGAGAAACGACCUAACUCGUUGCCUUCGAGAUUGAUUAUGUAUCGAGACGGUGUCUCUGAAGGAGAGUUUCAGCAGGUCCUUGACCAUGAGCUGCCUAAGAUAAAAAAAGCAUGCAAAACUGCGAAGAUCAAUCCCAAGAUUACUCUAAUCAUCGUUGGGAAACGUCACCACCACCGGGGAAAGCCCAAAGACCUCAAAGAUGGCGAUUCUAUCAGCCACAAUCUCCCUGCAGGCACGACCAUCGACACUGAUAUAGUUCAUCCGUUGCAGAACGACUACUAUCAGUGGACCCAUGGCGGCCUGCUGGGUACCAGUAGACCCGGACACUACACUGUUUUAUACGAUGACAAUGGUCUGACACCGGAUGGUAUCCAAUCUCUGAGCUUCGGGUUGGCCCAUUCAUUCGCGCGUACCACGCGUUCCGUCUCAAUCCCCGCUCCUGUUUACUAUGCCGACAUCGUCUGCGAGCGCAAGACUAUCUAUAUGGACUACGAGAAGCUCAUGAGCGACCAAGGUAGCCAAGCUACAUCUGGCGCAGGCCCGACCCUGGAGGAUUUCAAGGCGGCGUACUCGAGGGUUCAUGCAGCGCAGUCCAAUCGAAUGUAUUUCAUGGUGAGUGGUGCUCCCUUCCGUGAAUUCCUCUCUGAAGCAUCAUUAUCGUUUAGUAAUUAA